AGUAAAAAGGCACGGAAGAUGGCACGAAGGAUGCGUACAAAUAACCAACGCGUACGGACACCCUCUCUGUGUAUAUUCCCCGUUUCAGAGCAGCUGAUUACGAAACGCCCCUAUAAAAAGCGAGGAAUAGGAUCUUCCCCAAGAUCCAAAACAUAGAGAGUAGAAGCUGCAAAGAAUAUUCCUCCCUUUUUCUCCUCCCAGUUCUGAUGAGACUGGAGAUGCAAAAACCACCACCUCCUCCUCCUCCUCCUCCAUCUCCUCCAUCUCACCAUCUGGAGGAGGAAGAGGAAGAGGAAGAGGAAGAGGAAGAGGAGGAAGAGAUGGUGGCAGAGGAGGAGAUGGAAAUGGCGUCUCCCGAAUUCGUCAGCUGUGACGGCGCCGCCGCCGGCGGAGGAGGAGGAAGAGGAGGAGGAGGAGGAGGGGAGCAGCAGCUGUUUGUGCCGCCGCUCAACUUCGCGAUGGUCGACCACGGCGUCUUCCGNGGCCUGGGGUAUAUGGCACGGAAUGUGAUCAUCAAGUACGCAAAGAAGCUCAAGAGGAAGAUGUUUAGUUGCUACAACGCGGAGACUUGUACUACUUCGUGCCCCGUCUACUGCGACGAGCUAUUUCGCAAAACCGCGACUAGUUACCGCACCGACGAUCCCGUCCUCUUAGCUUAUAUAACUGCGCAGAAGAACUUCCGCAUCCAGCCGAACCGCUUCAUGUAG